CAUUAUCAUUAUACCAUUACCACUAGCACACUGUAUGUCAAAAUAUACGCUAUCGGUUCCACGACAAACCUCGGCCAUUUCUUUUUGCUUGAAACCACGUUCUUGAAAACAACGACAGCAAUCAUGAGUCUAGCUAUUUCUAAAAAACGAAAGUUUGUUGCCGAUGGCAUGUUCAAAGCUGAAUUGAACGAGUUCCUGACUCGUGAAUUAGCUGAAGAUGGUUAUUCCGGUGUCGAAGUUCGUGUUACACCACAACGAACAGAGAUCAUCAUCAUGGCCACAAAGACCCAAAACGUAUUGGGAGAAAAGGGACGUCGCAUUCGUGAAUUGACAGCUGUUGUACAAAAAAGAUUCAACUUCGCUUCGGGAAGUGUUGAACUUUACGCAGAAAAGGUGGCAACCCGUGGAUUGUGCGCCAUUGCUCAGGCUGAAUCAUUGCGCUACAAACUGACUGGUGGAUUAGCCGUUCGUCGUGCAUGCUACGGUGUACUUCGAUUUAUCAUGGAAUCCGGCGCCAAGGGUUGCGAAGUUGUUGUGUCCGGUAAACUACGUGGUCAACGUGCUAAGUCGAUGAAAUUCGUUGACGGUUUGAUGAUCCAUUCCGGCGAUCCAUGCAACGAUUAUGUGGACACAGCCACACGUCACGUUCUGUUGCGACAAGGUGUACUCGGCAUCAAGGUGAAAAUCAUGUUGCCAUAUGAUCCACUCGGCAAAGCUGGACCCAAGAAACCAUUGCCAGACAAUGUAUCCGUCGUAGAGCCAAAGGAUGAGGUCAUCUACGAACAGCCAGAAAGUGAAUACAAAACUCUUCAGCCAACCGGAGAUGAGAAGCCAGUCAUCAACGAACAUUUGGAUGUUUAAGAGACAGCUGAUUUUUUGUAUUUCUACGACAUUAAGGGGGAAUAAAAAAGAAAUGUUUUGAGAACAUAACCAGCCAA